AUCCAGUCCAGUAGGUGGCAGUGACUGUUAUUUUGUUUCUUUAUCACCGCAACAGCUUUUGCGCGAGAAAGGCAGAUGUCGAGUCGAACGACAACAUGCUGCGUUUUAAAACAAUGAGUUUCUUAUUAAAUAUGCGAAUAUUUUACUCUUAAUCAUUUAGCUCGCUUAAUAUAUAGGUAGUUUAAGUACAUGUGUGUACCUGAAACUGCUGUUGUUUGCGGUUUGUCAUUGAGGUGGUUAGUUACGUGUAACAUUUUAUUAAACAUAAAGUGCUGUGACUUCACAGCAUCUUAUUUUAAGUCGUUGUUUUAGUUUUCGGGAGCUCAGGCAGUCAUGUCAGGUGAGUUGGACUCGCUGGAAACCAGUCCUGCUUCUCUCCAUCAGUCUUGUGGUCUGAGUGAAAGGACCCUGACACCAGACGAGCUGGAGAAACUCAGGAAUGACCGCGCCUUAGUGUCGGACUUUAAGCAGCAGAAACUCGAAAUAGAUGCUCAGAAAAACUGGGACUUGUUUUAUAAAAGAAACACGACGAACUUUUUCAAAGACAGGCACUGGACUACCAGAGAGUUUGAAGAACUGAAAAACUGCAGAGAGUCUCAGGGGCAGAAGCUGGUGUUAUUGGAGGCUGGCUGUGGGGUUGGAAACUGUAUAUUCCCUCUUCUGGAAGAGGAUCUCAGUAUCUUAAUUUAUGCUUGUGACUUCUCUCCACGAGCUGUUGAGUUUGUGAAGCAAAAUGCCUUGUAUUGCACCGAGCGAUGCCUUGCGUUUCAGUGUGACCUCACUAAAGAUGAUCUCCAGGCCACCAUACAAGUGGAGACAGUGGAUGUAGCCACAUUAAUAUUUGUUUUGUCUGCAAUUCAUCCUGACAAGAUGCAGAAAGCCCUGGAACAAAUUUAUAAGGUAUUAAGACCAGGAGGUAUUGUCCUCUUCAGGGACUAUGGCCUGUAUGAUCAUGCCAUGUUGAGGUUUAAGUCUGGCAAUAAGCUGGGUGAGAAUUUUUAUGUAAGACAGGAUGGGACCCGUUCCUUUUUCUUCUCAAGAGAGUACUUGGCUGGUUUGUUCCAACAGGCAGGAUUUGAGACUCUAGUGAACGAGUAUGUGUUGAGAGAAACUGUGAAUAAAAAAGAGGGUCUGUGUGUUCCUCGAGUGUUCCUGCAGAGUAAAUUUUGCAAACCUGUUCCAUCAUUAUCACCAGCAUAAGUCAUAUUUUUGUAAAUGUAUUUUUCAAAGUGUCAUGCAUUAAUUUAUUGUAUUUCAGAUAAAUACAAUUUUCAAUCAGAUGUUGUUUUACUGUAUCAAAAUGAAAUAAAAUGUG